AUGAGGAUCAACAAGAGCAAUUGUAGAGUCCUGUACCUGGGGAAGAAUAACUAUGUGCCCCCCCAGUAUGGACUAGGGGCUGACCUGCUGGAAUGGAACUCUUCAGUGAAGGACCUGGGAGUCCUGGUAGGCAACAGAGUGGCCAUGAGCCAGCAUUGUAACAUCAUGGCCAAGAAGGCCAAUGGAAACCUGGGGUGCAUUGCUGCCAUGGCUGGCAGGUCAAGGGAGUUUGUUGCCCAGCCCAACUGCCAGCAGCUGCUUGCAUCCCGCUGGUAUGACGAGUUCCCUGGAUGGAGGAGGCGACACUGGGCUGUGAAGAUGUUGACAUGCGUUGUCAUAGGACUCCUUUUCCCAGUCUUCUCUGUGUGCUACUUGAUAGCUCCCAAAAGCCCCUUAGGGCUUUUCAUCAGAAAGCCAUUCAUCAAGUUUAUCUGCCAUACUGCAUCCUACUUGACUUUUCUGUUCCUGUUGUUGCUUGCAUCUCAACACAUUGACAGGUCAGACGUGAGCAUGCAGGGACCACCUCCAACCAUCGUCGAGUGGAUGAUAUUACCGUGGGUCCUGGGCUUUAUCUGGGGUGAAAUUAAACAGAUGUGGGAUGGUGGACUACAGGACUACAUUCAUGAUUGGUGGAACCUCAUGGAUUUUGUAAUGAACUCCUUGUACUUAGCAACAAUCUCUUUGAAAAUUGUUGCAUUUUCAAAGUAUAGCGGGUUGCUUCCACGGCAGAGCUGGGAUAUGUGGCAUCCAACACUGGUGGCUGAGGCACUGUUUGCAAUUGCAAACAUCUUUAGCUCCUUACGCUUGAUCUCAUUAUUCACUGCAAAUUCUCACCUGGGACCUCUGCAGAUAUCUCUAGGAAGAAUGCUGCUGGACAUUUUGAAAUUUCUUUUCAUAUACUGCCUUGUGCUGCUAGCAUUUGCAAAUGGAUUGAACCAGCUGUACUUCUACUAUGAGACACAAGAAACCAAGUGCAAAGGGAUACGAUGUGCGGAGCAGAAUAAUGCAUUUUCAACAUUAUUUGAAACGCUGCAGUCAUUAUUCUGGUCUAUAUUUGGACUCAUCAAUCUAUAUGUGACCAAUGUGCAACCAAAGCAUGAAUUUACUGAAUUUGUUGGGGCCACCAUGUUUGGUACCUAUAAUGUAAUCUCUCUGGUUGUUCUACUCAACAUGCUAAUAGCCAUGAUGAAUAAUUCUUACCAGCUGAUUGCUGAUCAUGCAGACAUUGAGUGGAAGUUUGCUCGGACAAAACUCUGGAUGAGUUACUUUGAAGAGGGAGGGACUCUACCCACUCCUUUCAAUGUCAUUCCAAGCCCGAAGUCCCUCUGGUAUCUGAUUAGGUGGUUAUGGAGACACCUGUGCAAGAAAAAAAUUAGAAGAAAACCUGAAAGUUUUGGAACAAUAGGGAGACGUGCAGCUGACAAUCUGAGAAGACAUCAUCAAUACCAGCAAUCCCCGAAGCGUGACACCUGCGGGACAGCGGCGGCCGGGGGUGGGAUCGCGCUGGGGCACAGCGCUCCGCACCCGCACCCACCGCACGGCCGCGGCGGGCGUCCUGGACCCCGAGGGGACGCGCUGCGAUCCGUUGGGAAGGGUCGGGGUCCUGACGGAGAGCUCCGGGAGGAUGGGAAAUGCGAGGCUGAUGCGGGAGCUGCGCGGUGA